AUGUCGACCACAGCGACCACUCACCUCCACGGUGGCGAAGGAAUUGAAGAUGCGGCACCAACAAGCCAUUUCUUCGACAUCGCGUAUUCCAGCCCAUCAGAUGGCACUCCAGACCUUUCGAGAGUUCCCACCGCCGAACGAGAGGAUGUGCUCCACGAAUUAGGCAAGACCCUAAGCCGUGGUCACAUGGGAACAGCACUCGAGAAUCUAGCCCGCACCCGCUCGAACACAAGCCAAGAUAUUCGCCGCGAGGAUACCUACGAGCUUCGGCCGAUUACGAGCGUCAUACAGCGCAAGUCAUCUUUACGUCCUUCGGAAGGACCGAUUAUAGGUGGAGAUGGUCUCGGCGAUGAAAGUGGUUCUCCUACGAACCCUGUACAGCAAGGCAUACCACCGGAGCUCGGCAGUCUGACUAAAGAGAUCAUCUUCAUUCUCACAUGCAGUAGCGGUCAACUCCUCUUCGCAUUCUUCCAGGGCAAUGUCAAUGUCCCGCAAACAGCUUACAAAGCCGCGCUCGGCAUACCAAGCUCCUUCCUCGUUGCCCUAGGCCUAAGCGUUAUCAUAUCGGGUACCUUGACCGAUCUAGUACCGCCGAAGGCAGUCGUGGUCUCAGCAUUUGCCUGGCUCGCAAUAUGGAAUCUAAUAGGCUGCUUCACGUUGAAGCCAAGCCUAAGUAUCCUCUUCUUCGUCAUGCGCGCUAUGCAAGGCCUAGCAGUAGGUGUACUGGUAUCGGGUAGUAUGUCCAUCCUUGGACGGAUCUACAACCCAGGACAACGCAAGACCCGUGUCUUCAGCGCCAUGGCAGCGAUGGCCCCCUGUGGGUUCUUAUUAGGAGCUUUGCAAGGCGGUGCGCUCGCUGCUCACCUUCGAUGGAUCUACGGCACGAACACGAUCAUCAGUGCUCUUCUCUGUGGCGCGGCAUAUUUCUCUAUUCCCAAUUUGGCGCCUGCAGUAGAUAAGGGAAAGGAGCGCGCGGGUCUGAGAUUGUUUGACUACAAAGGUGCUGCACUGGCAAUGGUAGCCUGCAUCUGCAUCCUUUUUGGCCUCACACAAGGAUCAGGGGCGAAGUGGGCACCGUAUACGUAUGCCCUGAUUAUCGUAGGCUUCUGCAUCCUAGCCUUAUUCAUCUGGGUCGAGACGAAGGUCCCACGCCCACUCGUCCCACUUCGCCUCUUCCGCACACCGGGUUUCAGUCCACUGAUGGCGGCGUACUUUCUUGGUUUUGGAGCAUAUGCAGGUUGGCAAUUUUAUGCUCUGCAGUUCUUCCUUCGACUUCAGAACAAACAGCCGAUCAUUGUGGCUUGCUAUCUCCUCCCCAAUGCCAUCUGCGGUGUGCUCGCGACAUUCUUGGUCAGUAGACUACUUCAUAUAGUCCCUGGCCAUUAUCUUUACAUCGGGUCCAUGAUAGCCUUCGGCUUCGGACCAGCUUUCUUCUUACCUCAAACACCAAACACGACCUACUGGGCUCUGAGUAUGCCCGGCAUAGCUCUGGCAACUUUUGGACCAGAUCUGUCCUUUGCCGCUGCAUCGAUCUUCAUCACCUCCGCUGUUGAUCGCAAUUAUCAAGGAUCGGCUGGUAGCCUACUAGUCACGAUCCAGAACUUGUCUUCGGCUAUCAUGACUUCGGUGGCAGAUGCUAUUGGUGCGCGGGUAGAUCUGCAGGAAGAUGGCGAAAUCGGUCUGCGAGGGCUGCGAGCGGUCUGGUGGUUCUGUCUAAGCAUUGCAAUACUCGGCGCUGUUAUCACCGCGAUCUGGGUGCGCAUCCCUAAAGAAGAGGAGAAGGAGCACGUCACUUGA